UAUAUCUGGAUAUAAAUGAGUCAACAAUUUCUUGAUACUACUGUAAAAUCACGAAAACCUAAAAAUUCCGCAUUUUUCCAACAAAAACUACCAGCAUGGCAACCAAUGUUUACGGCAAAAAAAUCUGGCAUAAUGUUUAUUGUAUUUGGAAUAAUACUACUACCAAUCGGUGUUGUACUAUUGUUAACCUCAAAUAAUGUUAUUGAAUACUACGUCGACUAUACAGAUUGUACACAAACAGGUUCACAGGUCUCAUGCUCUGUAGUGGCUGUUUCUGGAAAUUCAUGUAUCUGUUCUGAACAAGUGUCUAUUAAAACAUUUAUUCCUGGACCUGUUUUUGUCUAUUAUAGUUUAAGUAAUUUUUAUCAAAAUCAUCGAAGAUAUGCACGAUCUAAAAAUGAUGACCAAUUGCUUGGUAGUUAUCAAGAUCCAAGUUCUCUGUCUUCUUGUGAGCCGUAUUCAUCAAUCGAUGGUAAAGCAAUACUUCCAUGUGGAGCAGUUGCAAAUAGUAUAUUUAAUGAUACUUUUACUAUACAAUAUGUACGUGAUGAUAAAACAAAAGUUACUGUUGACACUUUAAAAACUGGUAUCGCUUGGCCAUCUGAUAUAGCGAGGAAAUUUGGCGUUUUGGAUGGUAAAGCUCUCAAUAAUACAGUGAAACCACCCAAUUGGCCUGUAUCAAUCCAACAGAGAUCGCCAAAGCCAUUUCCAACAGAUGAAGAUUUAAUUGUCUGGAUGAGAAUAGCUGCUUUACCAUUCUUUCGUAAAUUGUACGGUCGUGUAUCGCACGCAGGUGAUUUCACGGAUGGUAUGCCUCCAGGAACUUAUGAAAUUACAAUUCGUUAUUCCUAUCCAGUUGCCUCAUUCAAUGGUCGAAAAGCAAUUAUUAUAGCUAAUACAAGCUGGUUAGGCGCAAAAAAUCCCAGUCUUGGAAUAGCUUGUCUAAUCACUGGUUGUACACACCUGUUCAUUGGGAUAUUCUUCCUGGUGGGGCAUUUCUUUUGGACGAAACGACCUAUUUUGCCACCAUCGGCUGCUUUAAUACGAUGUGCCGAAUAACUGAGUAAGUCAGCGAGUGAGUGAGUGAGUCAUGCGGGUUUAUUUUCUCAUGCUAGGCUAGUUUACUCUACUCUAGUCUAGUCAAUCAUUGAUGAUAACCACCAUUCAUUCAUUGUGUUUGACAUAAUUUACCUUUGUCAUGUGAAAAGAAAAAGAAAUAUGGUGUCUUCAUUUUUGCCAACUUAGAUGAUUUUCCAGCUGAUCGAUUGAUUGAUUGAUUGAUUAUUGUGUCUGAUUACAUUUCACUGCUUUCAUCAUGGCUGCAAUGUGUGUGGUGUGUGUGUGUUAUUCUCUCAAACUCACUUUCUCUCUCUCCCUUUAUCGUGUGUGUGUGUGUGUGUGUUAUUGAUUGAUAGGGACGGGGUGUACAUCAUUUUUUUCUGCUUUGGUUUGUUUAAUCAAUUCAUUGUCGGCCUUUGGCGAUCGAUCGAUCAUAUUGCUAAAAGUGAUAAAAUGUCAUUGUAAAGUUGUGUUUCAAAAAGUAACAAUUCUGUGUUUACUUGCUGAUGAUGCAUACUUUUCAGCAGCUCAUGUUUGUUGCGUGCUUGUUUGUGUUUAGAAGAUUAUUUUUUUUGGGGGGUGGGGGGGUAGAUACAAUUUUCAAGCAUUGAUUUUGCAAGGAUUUAAUUGAUUUUAGGGUUUUCAAGUGUUCCAUUAUGGAUAAGAUUUUAUUU